GGGUUCAGAUCAGGGCUGCCGCUGAGUCCGCGAGGGCAAUAAAGAGAGGAGCGAUAUAAAUGAGGAGGAAAUUACAUCCGCUUUGAUCGGAUCUCAGCCUCUGCAGCCGGCGGUGACGGGGAGGCGGCGGAGCGGACGAGCCGCGGUGUGCGCGCAGGGAGACGGACAACGUAGCGAGACACAAACCGAUGAUAUUUCAGAGCUGCAAAAGGAACAUAGUGGAUUUUUGAGAACCGACACUGCAACAUUUGGACAGUUGGAUUUAAAAAAAAUAAUUGAGUGGAAAUCAAAGCAAGCUUUUAAAAAAAAAGAACAACAAAAAACACGAGCACGCUGCGAUCGCGCAGAAGCAGGAUGAGCGUGUUUUCUGCAGGGAGAGCAGAGCAGUGCGUUUGAGUGGGACAUGGCAAACGGAGGGGACCAGUUCGGCCUUGCAGAGCGUCCGGACUCAGACUGCAUGGAUUCCCCAAAAGAGACCAAACAGGAAAAUCCCAGCUACACCUUAACCUCACCAGCCUCUUCACCACAGACAGAGUCCAGCCAGCAGGUACCGGCCUGUACUGCGGACCAGAAUCAAGGCAUGGAGGGAAUCAAAGUUUUCCUCCACGACAGGGAACUUUGGACAAAGUUUGAUGAAGUAGGAACUGAAAUGAUCAUCACAAAGGCUGGAAGGAGGAUGUUUCCCAGUUACAAGGUGAAGGUCGCAGGACUCAACCCAAAAACCAAGUACAUACUCCUCAUGGACAUUGUGCCCAGUGACGACCACCGCUACAAAUUUGCAGACAACAAAUGGUCGAUAACGGGAAAGGCAGAGCCCGCGAUGCCCGGGAGGCUCUACGUCCAUCCGGACUCUCCCGCCACCGGGUCGCACUGGAGCCGCCAGCUCGUCUCUUUUCAGAAGCUCAAACUCACCAACAACCACCUGGACCCCUUUGGACACAUAAUACUCAACUCCAUGCAUAAAUACCAGCCUCGCCUCCAUAUUGUCAAGGCAGACGAGAACAACGGCUUCGGCUCAAAAAACACGGCUUUCUGCACCCACGUCUUCUCUGAGACUGCCUUCAUCGCUGUGACGUCCUACCAGAACCACAAGAUUACACAGCUGAAGAUAGAGAAUAAUCCUUUUGCUAAGGGCUUCAGAGGCAGCGAUGACAAUGAGCUUCACCGCAUGGCCAAGCUGCAAGGUAAGGACUACCCUGUGGUCCCUCGCAGCACCGUCCGUCAGAGGGCCUGCUCCACCGGGAGUCCCUUCAGUGGGGAGGGUCGAGGUCUGCGAGGCUCCCCCGAAGCUGUCCGAUCCCCCUACAGCUGUGAGAACAGGUUGAGCAGCGCCAGUCCCCAGGAGCUGCUGAGGGCUCCGCCUGCACACUAUGCCCUGCCUCAUCCUCACCAGCAGCACGGCCAACAGCCGCAGGUGUACCACUGCACCAAGAGGAAAGUGGAGAACUGCUCUUCAGGAAACCGCCAGCUCCCGUACAAGAAACCCUUCACCGGUAGCUCUCCAAGUGAGGGAGAGUCUUACUAUCACCCCUCCUCCUAUCCUCCUCCUCCACCCGGUCUAUCAAACAACCCACUCACUGACCCCCCCUACAGCUCAGACAUGGGACAGCGUCAGGCGUGCAUGUUUGCCAGCUCUGAACCCAGACUGGAUGAACUCAACUGUACAUCCUGGUCAUACACCAGCCCGCUCCCCUCUGCCAUGACCCCCAUGGAACCCUACCCACCUUAUACCCCUCAUCCUCCCUACAGCUCCAGCCCUCAGGGCUCUCGACUCAGCGCUAUAGCCACCCAGAGCUCUUCGCCACUGGGAGAGCACAUCGCCCACAACCCCUAUCAGAGCCAGAGCUCUGGUCCUCCAUCUCAGGGCUCCCAAAACAUUCACAGCAGGCAGCUCAGCCCUCCUCUCAGGGAGUAUCCUCGCUACACGCCCAACCUGUCUCCUCCUCUCUACCACACACUAGAGACGCACACACACAUCAGGUGUGGCGUCCCAGAAUGGAGUGCAGCCUCCUAACUGACCCAGAGGACAUACCCCAAAAGACUGGACAGAGAUUCCUCAUCUCAAAUUCAGUGACCCUUCUUUCUGCUCUUCUGAAAGAUGCUGCGCCGUAUAUGGACUAAAUAUGAUAUUACAUUUGUAAAAUAAUUGUGAAAAGUGUGAUUUUGUGCUGUGUGAAGAGGUCAUGUUUCUACCCUAGGCUGGAUGGAGCAGUGGAUUGUUAAAGACCGGACUUGGUCAUCCAUGAAGCUUCAGAAAGCAAAAAAAGCAAAAAAAAAAAAAAAAGGAGUAGCACAAUCAAAAGUUGUACUUUUUCAUCUUUC